AUGUUUUCCAACAUCGAUCACAAGGCUUUGGCAGCACUCCUUCAUGGCCAAGGAUGCGCUAACAGCCUCAAGACGCUCCUCGACAACCGCGAAAUAAGUUCAGUUUUGAUAGAGCCACUGAUCAACACCAUUCUUGAUUCUUUCUCACUUGCUCUAUCUUUUGUGGAUUCUCCUAAUCCUCCACUACACCAUGAGUCUUCUUCUCAAAACAUGGCAGGUCUUGUGCCUCAAAGAUCAUCCAAGAAAGAGAUUUGCGGUAUACAUGUCAUAAAGAAUUACAGAGACGAGUCCCCGACUCCGCGCCCUGAUGACGGUUUCACCUGGAGGAAAUAUGGACAAAAAACCAUCAAAACCUCGGUGCACCAAAGGUCUUACUAUCGAUGUGCCUAUGCAAAAGAGCAUAACUGCAAUGCUACGAAGCGGGUGCAGAUGAUCCAAGACUGUCCUCCAGUGUACAGAACCACUUAUAUGGGACAACAUAUAUGUAAAUCUAUCCCGGUUUAUGAUGAUACGUACGGUUCAGAAAUGAUUCAGUUUGACCAAGUUGUUUCUGAAUCGGUUAUGCCUAUAUUCACAUCAACUGAUCACGAAGCAAUCACCAUUGAAGAAGACAAAGCCACAGACCAUACAAUGAACCAAGAAUGUGAUAUUAACGAUUUCUUGGUGGCUUAUGACCAUUUUUGGCCGAAUGAGUUUCCCUCAUUUUCAUAUGGAGACUCGGUGUUUUCUUGACAACAUUGCUGCUUUUGAUUAGAGUCCUUUCCAGGAUUAAACAACAAAGCUUCAAAGCUUUUUAUGUUAUCAUGGUGGAGAUUUAUCGGUUCUUCACUUAUGUGUUUUGUAUGUAAUUUAGAUUCAUAUGCGUCACUUUUUUUUGUUUGCUUUACAUUUACAGUGUCUUUUUGUUUUUGUUGGUGUAAGAGGAGGUAUUGUCAAUGGUGUAU